UUCAGCAACAAAUGAUGUUUGACUAUAAAAAAAUGUUCAUUGAUCGAUAUUUAAAUUUUUAUAGAAUCUUAUUAUAUUGGAUGCUAUUCAUUAUCAUUAUCAUCACAUUUGUUGAUGGCCAACAGAAUGAUGAUGAUGAUGAUGGUGGUGGUGGUGGUGAUCAUCAAUCCAUGCAAUUCAAUGUUGACUUGAAAUUUCCAAUCACAAUUGAUCCGAUCAAUCAAUACAAACAGCAGCAGCAACAACAACAACAACAACAACAGAGUUUUGAUAAUAAUUGUGUUCCAUUUUUCAGUUCAUUAGUGGCCAUCAAUGGUCACGAAGAUCAGCAACUUAUAUUGAUGGGAUCACCAAAUUUUCUAGAUUCAAAUGUCCAGGAUCAUCUUAUCACCGGUGCAGUGUUUUCAUGUCCAGUCAUGACAAAUUCAUCAAAUUGCAAUAGGAUUCUUGUAAAUGACAAAGUGGAAAUCUUUGGCUCAAAUCUACAUUAUCAACAAACGAAUAAAUCAUUGUUCGGUAUGACCAUACAGCUUACCAAUCAGACAGUAAUUAUUUGUGCUCCUAAUUGGGUGGGACCGGAUGAUACACCGGAAGGUAUUUGUUUUGCAAUGGAUGGUCAAGAGCCAACCAAGCAACGUGUUGUAUUCAAAUAUGUCCGUGAAACUUUAGUCCGUUCAAAUCGACCAUAUGAAUCACAUAAUCUUUUCGGUUUUUCAAUAGCCUACAAUCACCGUGACAAUGAUUUACUUUUCGGUCUACCUGGAUUCAAAGAUUUUUCCGGUGCCGUUUGUCGUGUUAGUGAAAAUUUAACAGUGGAAAAAAUUAAAUUACCAGAUUAUCGAAAAACAACAACCAAUACUUAUAGUGGAUAUAGUGUAGCAUAUUACGCUUUGGAUGAAUCAUUCGAUGCUGUACUUGCAUCGACACCUAAAUAUCUUAAUUUCAAAGGUAAAAUUGAACUAAUCGAUACGAAUAGUCGUCAAGUGUUGGCCACGUUUAUGAGUAAAAAUGAUACAAUGGCAGAAUUCUAUGGAGCAACCAUGCUGGUUGUUGAUAUUGAUGGUGAUAGUCAACAAGAAUUGCUUGUUGGUGCACCAUUUUAUUCGAUUAGUUCAAAACGUCGUGAAAUUGGACGUGUAUAUCUUUAUGGUAAUAUCCGUCAAAGUAUAAUCGGUGCAAGACGUUUGUAUAGUGAACAAAUUAUCAUUUCACCAUCAAAAGUGGCUGGUAGUCGAUUUGGUGCCAAUUUGGCUGCAGUCGAUCUUAAUCUUGAUCGAUUUAAGGAGGUGAUAAUCAGUGCUCCAUUCGAAGAAAAUGUUGAUCGAUCCAGUACAGGUGCCAUUUACAUCUAUUAUAGUACAUGGCGUGGUCUUGACAUUGAAAAUUUCAAGCGAAUUGCACCUGAAAAUCUUGGACAACAAAAUCAGCUUGGAUUCGGAUUCAAUGUAUGGACAAAGACAGAUUUCGAUUCAAAUGGUUAUGUCGAUUUAGUCAUUGGAACAUUACAACGGUCAUUUGUAUUGCGUUCAUAUCCAAUAAUCAACAUUAAUGCAUCAAUGGAAUUCGAACCACGAGGCAUUAAUUUUUCCGAUAUUCGAAACUGUAAAAGUCGACAAUAUCCAUGUUUUCUAAUCACCUAUUGUAUUGAUUUAUCAUCAAAUCGUUUCCAAUUCUCACAAUAUGAAUUAACAUUCAAUAUUGUCAUAUCGGUUACGGAUAGAAAUUUGGAUCUAAAAGAAGAACGUGUACUACAAAAACGUCAUAAUCAAACAAUCCAUUCGAAAUCAAAUCGUUACUGUUCGAAUGAACAACCGAUUAGAAUUGAAUUGAAAAACAAGGAAGAUAUUUUCGAUAUUAUAACACCAAUUGAAGUACAAUUAUCGAUUGAAUUACAGCAAUCAAAACAAAUGGAAGAAUUUUGUCCACAUUGUCCAGUGGCCAAUUCUUUUAACAUUUAUCAAGAUAUUGGAUUUGAACAUGGAUGUGUACAUCAGUUUUGUCUAUCUAAAUUGAUGUUAGAUGCAAAUUUUAAAUAUGGUUCAAUAAUAAUCAAAGAUAAGAUUAUUGAAGGUCAAUACAAUACAUUCGAUGUAAGUGCAUUGAUUACAAAUCUAGGUGAAUCAUCUAUCAAUACACAAAUGAUAAUACGUAUGAAUCCAGUAUUGUUGAAUCUAAUGCCAAGUUCAGAUUUUUCACGUUGUCAUUCAAUCGAUACAGAAAAUGUUUAUCGUUGUAAUGUUAAUAAAUUGAUGAUAACUAAACAGAAAGAAAAAUUCGUAUUACGAUUCGAAGCACAAUCCAUACAAAGUCGAUACGUUUAUUGGGAUUUUGAACUAAAAACCAGCAGUCAAAUUGAUCCUGGUAGUCAACUUCGUUUCCAGAAGAAUAUAACCAUAUUGAAGGAAGCACAAUUUGUUAUGCGAAUGCAAAUGGAAAAUCAUUAUAAUUUUUCCAAUUUUGUUUCACGUGUUUUAUUUCCCGUAUCGAUUGUAUUGGAAAAAUCCGGUCCAAGCAAUGUGGAUGGUGCAUACGUUCAAUUCGAAGUUCCAUGGAUGAUUGAAAUGGAACAACCAUUUCAAUAUCGAUGUAAUAAAAUUCGUCAAGGAUUGGAAAAAUCCGUACGAUUAGAUCUUGUGAAUGGAACAUUGAAAAUGUCGUGUUCGGAAAAUCCACAUGGUUGUUCGAAAUAUCAAUGUAAAUUGAAUCGAUUUGAAAGUGGUUUUCGUAUGAAAAAUUUCGACAUAACAUUAUUGUUCAUAUCAUCACGUAUAAAACCAAGUAUCAAAUAUCGUGAAGUAAUAUUGGAACCAUCAUUUUCACUUUAUCCAAAUGAUAGCAUAUUCUUUCUAUCGAAUGAACCAUUCGAUGAAGUGAAACCAUUUUUUUGGUUCAAUCGUCAAAACAAUGAAGAAAAUGAACGAUAUCAGAAUAUGAUUAUAUUUGGCAGUGCUGGCCUUGGUAUCAUCAUCAUCAUAUUAACAACAUGUAUAUUGAUUAAAUAUGGAUUUUUUAAACGAAAAAAAUUUGAAGAAUUAAAAAAAGAACGUAUGUCCAUGAUGAUCAAUCCAACGACAAUGAUGUUGCCCACAAUGGAUAAUGCUGGUGGCCAUCAAGAAAUUCAUCAAAUUGGUUCCAUUUCUUAA